AGCACUAUAAAUGCGUUCAUUUAACGUUCCCUCCCGCGAUUACAACAUCUGACGUACCCCUGUAGAAUGCGAUCACGACUCUCAUUCGUCUUCGUCUAUGUAGUUUUAUUUGUGUUAAGUUGUAUUAUAAUAUAUUUAUGAAUAAGAUUCAUGAUCUUUUGUGUCUUUCAUAAAUAUGUUUUUGUGGUGAGCUACACGACCGACAGCGCAGCCACGGUAAAGUAAGUAAGCAAAAUACAAGCUGUACCAGGGAGGGAUCUUUUUCUAGGAAGGAAAUUGAAGAAAGAUUCUUGUAUUGCCUUCAUUGGCCGCGGUAAGCGAUUGUUUUAAGUGAAGAACGAAAAUGUCAGACGAGAACGCUCAGCAUCCACCCGAUUCUCAGCUCACAGGUGAGAGCAAUGUCCAACAUGCGAUCGCUGUGACGGAUGGCGGAGGUCCAAUUUUUAUGACAACAACAUGUCCCUAA